AUGCCCAGUAGGAAGGACCAUGAUCCCUCCAUGAGCACGGAAGCUGAGUUUCGCUGGGCUCAGAGAAAGGACAGGAUCCUUAUUACGAUCGACCUUCAGGGUGUUACGGACGAGAGCUUCUACGUGCACGAAGAUGGGACGUUCAAAUUUGAGGGAAUGGGUUCCUAUAGACAGCUCAUGUGGUGGUCUUUGCAAGGAUUGGCGCCUGCACCCAAGAAAGAAGUCAUGCAAAACCUCAGAGAACGCGAAUCCCUGGGAAACCUGUACGCGGAGGUCUACAACGUCACCCACUGCGAGGUCAAUGCUCGAGAUGUCUCAUGCACGCUCAUGAAAGCAAAGAGAGAAGCUUACUGGCCUCAUCUCCUCAAGGGGGGGAAGAAACCCAAGAAUAUGCAUGUCGACUGGUCCAAGUGGCUGGAUGAAGACAAGGAUGGAGUGCGCUGGAAUGAUGAUGUAGACCGACCCUGGGAAUGGUGGAAACAUGAUGACGAAGAGGAUGAUGAAGAGACUGAGGAAGACAUGAGAAGAAGGGAGGAACAGAAGAAGCGGUUCAAGAAAAAGAAGAAGCAGCGUGGUGAGAAGAAAUAA